AUGUGCAAGCAGACAACAAAACAUUGCCUUAACUGCGGAUUCAGCAAAGAUCAUGAUCGGGAUUCAAACAAAUUUUUGGCCAAAUAUUGCUGCCAAUGCCCAUUCGGGGAAGCUAAACUCCAAGGAGAGGAGCCAGUUUGCAUUUGCAAAAAGGGGCCCAAUGAUCUCGACACAAAUUUGCUAUCCCAGCAGCUUGAGGGAUCUUUGACCCUGGAAGAUACCGAGUUCAAGACAUGUAAAGAGUUGGCUCAAAGGUUUUAUGAAUCAUUGUCUCUCGACUAUCCCAAGGCCAAGAUAGAUAAAGGGCUAGCUCAAAAGCUUGAGGAAUCAUUGACCAUCGAUGAUACCGAACAAGAACCUGGUACUCCGGGCCCGUCUCGAAACCGAUAUAGAUCUACCCCGCAGUCGUCUCGUACUCGGACUAGAAGUCCCUAUUACAUGUCUCGUGACAGAUCUAGAAGCCCACCUCGUAACCGAAGCCCACGUCCGUUCCGUGACAGGUCUAGCCCAUAG